AUGACAUCGAUUGAAAAGUUAUUAGUUCAAGGUAUAAGAAGUUUCGAUCCAAAUGAAAGUAGUGUAAUUGAUUUCUAUAAACCAUUGACUUUGAUAGUCGGUGUCAAUGGUGCUGGUAAAACUACCAUUAUUGAAUGUUUGAAAUAUGCAUCGACAGGUGAGAUGCCACCAAAUUGUUCGAGUGGACAGGCGUUCAUUCACGACCCAAAGAUUGCAGGCAACAGCGAGGUGAAAGCACAGAUAAAGAUGAGAUUUAAGAAUCCCAAUGGUAAGCCGAUCGUCGCUACUCGUUCGCUGUGCUUGGUACAGCGUGCAAACAACAAGCAGGAGUUUCGACAGAUGGAUGCAUCACUACAGAGUUUCAAUAGCGAGGGUCAGAAGGUUAGCAAGAGUUUCCGUUGUAGUGAUCUCGAUAAGGAGAUCCCAGAGUUGAUGGGUGUCGCCAAGCCAAUUCUAAAGAACGUUAUCUUCUGUCACCAGGAAGAGUCGUUGUGGCCGCUGUCAGAAUCUGCCAAACUCAAAGUGAAGUUCGAUGAGAUCUUCUCGGCCGUUCGAUAUACCAAAGCGCUAAAGUCGAUAAAGGACAAGAAGAAAGAGGUUUCCACACAGAUUAAAGAGUCGCGUUUAAAGCUGGAGGUGGUGACAACCAAUCGUGAACAUUCCAAUAGAAUCAACAAGGAGAUUGCCGCUAUGAAUCAGCAGUUGGUGACACUCAAAGAUACGCUGAAACAGACUGCCUCACAGCUGAAGGAGAAGCGACAGCAAUACGAUUUGAUCACUGCGAAAGUGACUCAGGUCGAUGCAGCCGUUCAAGAGGUGCGCGCGAUGGAAGUUCGAAAAGUAGAGAUGGAAAAAGCAAGAGAUAGAAUGUAUAGCGGUUUGACAGAGGUUUUCGAUGAGUCCGAUGCAGAAUUGGUGUUCAUGACAAACAGCUUCCAAGAUGAAGUCAAUCAGAUGCUACAGGCGCAGAAGGAACUAAGCGAUAACCUUGCCAAACUACAGACGGAAAGAGAUACUUUGGCGGCAAAGAAGAAUAGCAAUAGUAUAGAGAUGGGAAAGCUUGGACAGCUGUUAAAGAUGGCAGAGGAGCUGGCCGGAAACCGCGACAAACAACUGGCAGAGUUGGCCAGCAGAUACAACCUGACGUACGAACCUGGCAAAUCACAAGAUGUUGUUGAAUCGCUAACAAAGAAACUCAAUGAUAUAUCGGCAGUGAUACUGGCGAACCAAGACAGAUUCAAACAACAGAUUAGCGAAGCAGAGUCUGCUGCCAACGAGUCGAACAUUGAAAAGAAACAACUGGAAGAAAGAAUAAAUCAACUGGACUCGAAUUUGAAUGCGAAUAUGAGAAAGUUGGAGCAGAUCGAUGCUGAGAAGAAGAAGGUUCUGUCACUCAGCGAGAAUGCGAAUCAAUAUCACCAGGCUAUUGCAGAGUCAGAGUCGACCAUUGAGAAGCUGGAGAGUGACUUCCAGCUGGCUGGCUACGAUGAAAAGAUAAAAUCGAUGAUUCAACAGCGAAAGGAGUUGGAGAUGAGCAUCGAACAAAAGCGAACAUCUAUCACUCAAGCGAAUCAAAUGGCACUGCAACGAUCCAGUCUGACUUUCAAACAGAAUGAACUUAGAACAAAACAAGCCUGUAUAUCAGAGUAUCUCGUCAAUAACAAAGCAAUGUUGGACGAUCUGUUGAAUGGCGAAUACACAGCGGAGAAUCUAUCGAGUAAACUUAGAGAUUUAGGAAUGUCGUUGGAAUCGGAUAGCAAGGAGAGACGCGAAGAGAGCAACGAUGUCAAUACUCAGCUGAUAAAGAGUGAGAAUGAAUUGAAGAUUGUCAUUCGAGAGAAGAAUGCCAAGAUUCAACAGUUGGAGAAACUUGGCGUGCAGCUUGGCAAGUUGGAUUCAGCCAUUGUCGGAGAUAACAUCGAUGAUUCUAUAAAGACACUAUCGAACCGUUUGCUUCAGUUACAAAAGUCGUUGGCUAUUCUCGAGUCGGAAGAUGUUCUCUACAAAGAGUAUAUCGAAAAGGCAAACAAUCAGAAGGAGUGCAGUCUCUGUCAGAAUCAGAUGAACGAUGACGAUCUUCAUAGUUUUAUCCACAAGUUGGAAUCACACACCGAUGGAAUCCCGGACAAACUGGCGACACUGACCAAGGAGAUCAAGACCACCAAAGAUAACUUGGAAAUACUGACUGCCAAUAAGCCAAUGUACGAAUUGCAGAUCAAGCUUAAACAAGAGGAGAUACCAAUGCUAGAGAAGCGUGAGCAGGACAUUCAACAAACACUUACCGAAUCGCUACUUCCAUUCAAGAAAACUAUCGAGGAAUCACAGCAACUAUUGGACAACAAAAUGAAAAAGUUGAAUCAAAUGGUGUUGGUUGCAUCUUCUGUCAAUAUGUUGUGUGUGGAAACCAAGAAGAUUGUUGCAGAGGUUGAACAACAGGAACAACUAUUGGGUGUGUCUGGCGGUGCUCUCUCUGUGGAACAAUUGAACCAGGAAUAUGAUCAAUUGAAAUCGAAGUCCGACUCAAUCCAAAAGGAAAUCGAGAGACUGACAGUAGACUCCAAGAAGAAUCGAUCAGAGUUGAACAGACUCCAACAAAUCGUUAUUCAGAAUCGUGAGCUACUUUCAAAAGCAAGUGGACAAACAGAGAUUGUCGAGCAUCUCAAGCAGAGUGAGAAGGAGCUGCGUGCGAUCAACGAAGAUCUGAUUGCGAAACUAUCAGAUUUUACACAACAACUCGAAGGAAUUACUGCCAAAUCAGUGGAGUUCUCUGGCCAGCUAAACAGCCUAAGAGAACAGUUGGAGAGCGAAUCAUCAAAGAUGACAAAGGAAAAGACAAUCUUCUCAAACAAGCUUUCAGCUAUCAAGAAUCUUCAACAACAAAUACCAAGUGACUUGCUGGAGAAACAAGAAAAGCUGGAGUCACUUGCAAUGUCAAACAGAGAAAUCGAUAUCAAUAUCGAUUCAAUCAACGAGGAUUACAGCAAGGGUGUAGCUCACACCGAUCAAAUCAAAAAUGAUUUGGCACAGAGUGAAAUUACUAAACGUGUCAUCAGCGACAACUUGGGGUAUCGUCAACAAAAACUUAAUUGUGAAUCGCUCUCUAAAGAGAUUACCAAGAAGAACCUAUCGAUCAACUCUAUCAUCACGCCCGAGGAGCAAUCUUUAUUAAAAUCACUUACAGCCGACAUCAAUCUCCUCAAGUCCAAGAUUGAUAAAUCCAGUGGACAAGUCGAGGCUAUCGAACAACACAUUAGAACAGCUCAAACCGAGCUAGCCAAACCGAUCUACAAUUCUGUGGAAACUGUAUACCGUGACCUGUUGGUACAAGCGGAAACACUGGAACUCAUCAACAAAGAUCUCGAUAAAUACUAUAAAGCUUUGGACAAAGCGUUGAUGAAAUAUCACGUACUGAAGAUGGAUGAGAUCAACAAGACAAUUCGUGAGCUAUGGACUGCCACCUAUCGUGGAAAUGACAUUGACACUAUCGAAAUUCGUUCCGACGAGUCAACCACAGCCAAGAAGGUGAUCAACUACCGUGUUGUAAUGUUAAAGGGUGACGUUGAACUCGAUAUGAGAGGAAGAUGCAGUGCUGGUCAAAAGGUUCUGGCAUGCCUGGUGAUUCGUUUGGCUCUGGCAGAGAACUUCUGUACCAACUGUGGUAUUCUGGCGUUGGACGAGCCGACAUCCAACUUGGAUCGUGCCAACAUCGAAAGCUUUGCAACAGCAUUGCUCAAUAUCAUCGAAGCCAAGAAAACUCAGAGUGGAUUCCAACUGAUUAUCAUUACUCAUGACGAAGAAUUCGUUCAAUAUCUAGGUCGUGGAAAUUUCGCCGAUUACUAUUGGAGAGUAACCAAAGAUGCAAAUCAACACAGUCUUGUAGAAAGAAAAGAAAUUUCUAAAAUAUAA